AAUUCGAAAAUGUAAAAAACAUCCAAAAGAGGGAAGCGAUCGGUGGCAAUGGCGGAUUUUGCAGCUGUAAACUUUCGAUACCUAAGAGAUCUCUCUCUCUCUCUUCGAAAAACAAAAAUCUGUAUAAUUAAAAAAAAACAGAGGAAAGAGGGUAACAAUGGCGAUCAAGGUGCCGAGACGAGAGCUGUUCAUCGACGGCGAAUGGAGGGAGCCCUUUCGCCGGAAACGCCUUCCCGUCGUUAACCCAGCCACCGAAGAUAUCAUCGGUGAUAUUCCUGCCGCGACUGUGGAAGAUGUGGAAUUUGCUGUGGAGGCCGCUCGGAAAGCAUUUGCUAGGAACAACGGCAAGGAUUGGGCUCGAGCUUCUGGAGCUGUUCGUGCCAAAUAUCUGCGUGCUAUUGCAGCUAAGAUAACAGAGAGAAAGUCUGAACUUGCUAAACUCGAGGCCAUCGAUUGUGGUAAACCUCUGCAGGAAGCAGAAUGGGACAUGGAUGAUGUCUCCGGAUGUUUUGAAUACUAUGCCGACCUUGCCGAAGGCUUAGAUGCGAAACAGAAAGCUCCUCUCGCUCUUCCGCUCGAGAGUUUUCGGGGUUAUGUUCUCAAGGAACCCGUUGGAGUUGUCGGUUUGAUUACUCCGUGGAAUUAUCCGUUAUUGAUGGCUGUAUGGAAAGUGGCUCCGUCUCUGGCAGCCGGUUGCACAGCAAUACUCAAACCUUCCGAGCUGGCCUCGUUGACAUGUUUGGAGCUCGCCGAUAUCUGCCGUGAAGUGGGUCUUCCACCCGGUGUUCUGAAUAUUUUGACGGGUUUAGGCCCUGAAGCCGGUGCCCCCCUCUCGUCUCAUCCCCAUAUCGACAAGGUUGCAUUUACCGGAAGCAAUGCAACUGGGAGCAAUAUCAUGAGUUCUGCAGCUAAAUUGGCGAAACCUGUUUCUCUGGAGCUCGGAGGAAAAAGCCCGAUCGUUGUUUUCGACGACGUUGAUAUCGAUAAAGCUGUGGAAUGGACAAUGUUCGGUUGUUUCUGGACUAACGGUCAGAUCUGCAGUUCAACUUCUCGACUUCUGGUGCAUGAAAGGAUUGCGGAAGAAUUUUUGGACAAGCUGGUAAAAUGGACAAAGAACAUUAAGAUUUCAGAUCCUCUGGAUGAAGGUUGCAGGCUCGGUCCUGUCGUCAGCAAAGGACAGUAUGAGAAAGUACAGAAGUUCGUCUCGAACGCGAAGAAUGAAGGUGCAACUGUUCUAUGUGGCGGUAUUCGUCCCUCGCACUUGAAGAAGGGAUAUUUCGUCGAACCUGCUAUCAUUACCAAUGUGGAGACUUCCAUGCAAAUCUGGAGAGAGGAAGUGUUCGGUCCCGUUCUCUGCGUCAAGACGUUUUCCACUGAGGAUGAUGCGAUUCAUCUGGCGAAUGACUCCGAAUACGGACUAGCUGGUGCAGUAUUAUCAAACGAUCUCGAGAGGUGUGAUCGUGUUAGCAAGGCUUUUCAGGCGGGGAUUGUGUGGAUUAACUGCUCACAGCCGUGCUUCGUCCAAGCUCCUUGGGGUGGCAUCAAACGGAGUGGUUUUGGCCGUGAAUUAGGAGAAUGGGGGCUUGAGAACUACCUGAGUGUGAAGCAGGUCACUCAGUACACCUCCGGUGAGCCGUGGGGAUGGUACAUGCCUCCUUCCAAGCUCUGAGAUCAACAUAUAUAAACUCAUAUAUAUAUAUAUAUAGUAAGAUGUAUAAGACUUAGACCUUCUUCUAUGAUCUCACAACAUAUUUGAAGCAGAGACAAAGGCAAAGUUCCUACUGUAAGAGAGACAUAGUUACUGUCUAAUAAUGGCAAGGUGAUCCUAAUAAGAGUUUAAUAGCAAAAGCUCAAGCACA